AUGCCCGAACAGAAGAUUUUGAGGCUACAGGAUGUCUGGCGUACUUGUAAUAAAAUACGGGCAGCUAUGUUCCGCGUGGGCUUUAACCUAUGGGAUUAUUAUAAACCCUUAGAUCCCGAUUCUAAUUGUUUAAUUUCAGAGUCGAAGUUUAUUUCCAUAUUGGCUGGUCCACUGAAAGAUAAAAUUGGUUUAUCGGACCAAGAAAUUUGUGAUUUGGCUGAUUACUUUCGUGUUCAAGAUGGUCGAAUACUUUACACACAGUUUUGCACAAUUAUUCAUGACAAUGUACCUGAUUUCGAUAAAAAUGCACCACUAGUAACCGGUUUAGAAUGGGAAGAUCCAGAACACGUGAAUCGAUUAAGUGCAUCUGAGUACCGAAGAUUAUGUCUUAUCAUUACUCAAAUCGCUGUUCUCGUAAAUAAAAGGCGAUUGGUUUUAAGACCAUAUUUUCAAGACUACGAGUUGAUUGCGAAGAACGCCGGUACAGUAACGUUCACCCAUUUUGGACGAGUUUUGAACUUUCUAGGCAUUGUCCUCGCAUCAAACGAAUUUUCUUUACUUAUAAAACGAUUUAUGAAACAUGCCUAUACCAUUAACUACGUAGCCUUCUUGCAAGCGGUUGACGAAGCUCAAUCUUAUCUGGACCAGCAUGGAAUGUUGUCCCUUGGCGGAGAAAUACUGGAUCAGUUCCCUGGUCGAAUAAUAACAGCAGAGCUACCGAAACUACCGCGACCGGAAAUAGGUAAAUUGAUACCCAGUAAAGUGUUUGGGAAGCAAAUAGUGUUCCAUCCAGUGAUGAAGGAAACCAAAGAUACCAUGCCUUUAAUGGAAGUUAUUCAACGUGUUCAGAGACAUAUUUUCGAGAAUAGGAUCCGUAUUUCUGAAUUUUACAAGAGAUUUGAUCCCCUGAAUGUUGGAAAAGUGACGAUUGCGCAAUUUAAAAGAGGGUUAGAUGGUCUUCAGAUUUCCACCUUGGGACGUUUGUAUCUUGCAAAACCGGAGAUUGACGUUCUGGUUACGUUUUAUAAAGAUCCAAACGAUCCGGAUCGAGUGUGCUGGCGUACAUUUGCAGAUGAUAUCGAUCAAGUAUUUACUGUCAAGGAACUUGAAAAACUGCCAAAUUUGAGAAUUGAUUCGCCGCCAACAGAAAUAGCAAAGUUGAGAAGGAGAGGAGCGCCAAAUUGGCAAUGUGAGACAAAAAAUAUAAGAGAUCUUUGUGAAGAUGCAUUACAAAAAGUCCGACAUCGUGUCAAUGAACGAAGAAUUUGGAUAAAGCAGUUUUUUAAAGAUUAUGACAGAAAUAACAAAGGUCACGUGUCACGGUCCCAGUUACGUCAAGUUUUUACCACCGCGACAGUUUUGCUUUCCCAAGAAGAAGAAUAUGCAUUGGAACAAAGAUAUAUCGACGAUUUAGGCUUCAAUUACAUCUGGUUUUUAAAAGAGUUAGAAUCGAAACCAGUUGAGUCACCGCUUUAUGAUUCUGUGUUGGAGGAAAAGAAGAAAAUCAAUUCUGAAAAACCGGCUUCGAAAGCUGAUAUGAAUGAAACAAACAUCGUAUUAAUUUUAGCUAAAAUUAAGGCCAAGGUUGUACGAGGAAGAGUAAAAGUAAUCGAGUUCAUGCGUCAAUAUGAUCUUCAUAAAGAGUUUGUUAUAAAAAAGACUGAAUUUUUACGAGGUCUCGAUCAACUCCGUUGUAAUUUAACUUGUACAGAAAUGGCGACUCUGAUAAAUGUUUUUCGAUCACCUUUCAGACCAGAUUACGUGGAUUACGUAAAGUUUGGAGAUGCUGUUGAGGAAGCUGUUGCCACUGGAGGUCUAGAACGAGAACCACUGUUAACGCCAGUGCAGCAUGUCCCCCCGGAAGCUUCUCCUAAAACAUUCUUGAAUUUCGAUGAGAGACGUAUGGUUACGAUAGCAAUGGACAAGUUGUCCACGAUACAACAGCCGAACCUCGAAGAGCUAUUCCAGGAUUACGACAGAGAAAAUAUCGGUACUGUCUCAAAAGAGUGCUUGAUCAAAGCACUUUCCGUCAGACGUAUGCUACAAUUAAUUAGUAUCAGAGAACUUGACACUGUGCACAAAUGUUUCUCCAUUGAAAGAGGUGGUCGGUUGGAAAUCGAUUAUCGGGCACUUUUACGAGCCUUGUAUCUCAUGCGGGAAAACAAGAAGCAUGUUCCCUUCUAA